AUGACAACCGUAGAGAGCAUUGCCUGGACUGAAUUGUUAAAGGCCACCAUUACCACAGCUCAACAUGGUAAUGACGGCAACCGAAUUGCCACGGCAACCGAGACCCUACAGCAAACCGCCCACCAAUUCGUCAAGGUGCUCAAUGAACGUGCCAAGUUGUUAGCCAACAGUGCCCAGUUUGAAAGAGCGUUACGAGAUGCAGCAGCCAUAAGGACCAUAUCACCUGGUUCAGGAUUUGGAUACUUGUGUAUGGGAGACGUGUAUUGUCAGCAAGGCCAUCAUGCAGCAGCCAUUUCCAUAUAUGAUCGAGGACUUGAAGCAGUGCCUGAAUCAGAUGCCUAUUAUCACCAGCUUCAGCAACAUCGGAUGACAGCAAUAAACAUCAGCAACAAACGUGUCGACUUCAUCAGCCAGCUCCCACUAGAUAUUGUCAUCAUCAACAUUAUACCAAGGAUAGAGCCAAAAUUAUAUUCGCAUUCGUUGUAUGGGCCUCUUUAUGUAUCACGUACAUGGCGGGAGCGUUUCUUGCAGCACCCUGACGGCUUGGACUACCAUUUUGAUGAUGCAGAAGCCACCUUCAAGGCGGGACAUGAUCAGCUUGUCCGAUUUGCACCCUAUGUACAGAGCUUAGACGUUUCUAUGAAGGACGUGGAUUUGGAUGAACUCUUUUCUCGUGCACACUUUUCCAGUCUAAAAGUAUUAGAUAUCAUGUGUAAUCCUUCAACGCCUUUUCGUCCAUUAAUAAGUGGUCUUCAAAUGAUUGCUGAUUCACUGACGCACUUGUACAUCAUGGAUGGUCAUUGUCUUGAAUUAUGCGAUAUUUUGGAAUCAUGUCCCAAUCUUGUGUCCCUGUCAAUGGAUGAGGUGGGUGUUGAUGUGCCUUUACCACCUUCAGCACGUUAUCCCAAGUUGACGCAUCUAGCAAUUCACAACGUAUCAGACAUACCUCUCGACGACGAUGCGAUAGAAGAUAUCCUCAGCCGGCUUCCUUCCUUAUUGUCAUUCGAGAUCACGCCAAAGGCCGAUUCCAGCCUCUUACCCAUCCUACAUGAGCUCUGUCCCUAUCUGCAGAGACUUUAUUUCGGUGACAGAAGUUUUCGCGCCGACAAAAUCGAUGUUCAUCCAAAUCGUAAAGGGAUCACGCUGGCGCGCUUCCAUGGCUUCAAAGACUUUUAUGUACAAGAUCAUUUGAUUCAGUUCUUUCUCACCCAUCGAAACACACUGGAAACGUUUGAUUGUGAUGGUGAUAUCAUAAGGCAUUAUGAUGCGCUUUGGGAAUUAUCGGAUGGACGGAUUUUGCAGAUUGGUGAUCGUCGAGGCAAGAUACUGGAAAAUGACCCAACUCAAUCAGACACUUCAUUGAUACGACUUGCCAGCAUUCGUUUUGCCGAGUUUUGUUCAUCUUCAUGCAACCCUUUUAUUUCAUGGAUCGUAUUGAACGCGCCCAAUCUCACAACUAUCAGCAUCAAAGAAUCACUUUUUCAACCUGAAAUCGCCAACGUGAUGACCAAGUCGAAGAAGCUUUCAAAGCUAGAAAUCACUCGGCCUUGGGAAGAUCAAUACAUCUUUGGUGAGGAAGAUAAUGAAGGCAUUGUUCAAUUCUUGGAGUAUCAUAUUGCAAUGGGGGACCAGUCUACGCUACAAGAGAUCACCAUAUGCACUGGCAUGAGUUUGACUAUAUCAGAAACAUCUAUAUCUCGUAUUGCCAGGCUGCCAUGUCUCAAGACCUUGGAAUUAAUCGCCUAUCAUAUUCCCAAAGAAUGCACAUCAGCGUUGGCAGGAUGUUCCUCUCUUCAAAAGCUAACUCUCGGUGGUCGCCGUGCCACAUUUGCUGACGAUCUCAUGAUGCCGUUGAGCACACUUCCAAAUCUCAAAUGUCUCCGAAUUCGAGCCGAAUCACUGUCGGAGGUCGACCUCGUUGCCUUGACAACAUUUCCUCGUUUAGAACAGCUUUAUCUUGAAUGUGCUGUUCCUGAUUCUAUUAUGGCGAGGUUGCGUAAACAUAUACCCAAAAUCAUUAUCCAAUAA